GUACAACACUUUCAUAUCUCAUCAACCACAAAUGCACUAUCUUUCAAGAAGUGAGAAUUGAAGCUAAUUAAGGUAGCAUCCAUGGCGGCAAGCAGCACCAAACUUGGCUCCGUCACUCUCCUCCUCCUUCUCCUCUGCGGCAUUGUUGCGGAGGUGAAGCAUGCAAAUGCGCAAUCGAAGCCUUGCCCUCUGAACUGCGACGGGCGAGCAGAGAUUAUGCUGUGCCCUCGUCAGUACACGAAGGUGAAGAAAGUUGGGCAACUUUGCACAAACUGUUGCGUAGCAGAAAGCAUGGGCUGCAUACUCCUCGACCAGAAUGGAACCCCCUAUUGCGAAGAGGAACCAUCGUCGUUCCGUAAGAUCGUAACUGUGGUUUAGAAACAUCCGGCGGUCUGCCGGCCGGCCGGCGGCACCAAUAAAAUGCAAACUUCAAGUUUGCUGUACUGCAUGCAUCUAUCCUUGAAUAAUGAGGAGAUUAUUAGGCCUUCGCAAUACGCCAUCUCCUUUCUUGUAUUGUACUCAUCUCAGCUUUUACCUAUGUGCCGCAUGUGUUAAUGAAAUUAUUAACGAAAUAGAUCUGAUCUACAAGAGUACAA